CGGCUCUCGUUGGCGGUGCUGGAGGCUGAGCACUGCGCGCGCAGCCGCCUGCCGCUCUUGGCCAGGCCGACACACCUUCUGGCGCCGAGGCUGCAGCCGCAGCGAGGCGUGCGGGGGGCGCGCUCGCGCGGCGAUGCUCACGCAGCAUGAGGCGGCGGCGCUGCUAACUGUGCUGUCCGCAGAGACCGAGCCUCUCGAGUCAGCAGCUGCUGCAUUCGGCCGCGCCUUUGCGCGCGCCGACUGCUUCCGGGUGGGCGCGGCGCUCUGCAUGCUGCUAGAGGACGGCAUGCUGCCGCCGCGGCAUACAUUGGCCGCGCUGUACAUUCUGCACAGCCUGUAUAAGAGCGAGGCGCCAGGGGUGCACCCCUUUAUGCCAUUCCUCGUCGGCCGCUGCGCCGCGACGCACGCCUCGAGCGGCAGCGGCGGCGAGGGGGAGGCGAGUGCUCACGAGAGGCACCUGCUCUGCGCGCUGCUAUCAGCCACGCCGCCGAGGGAGCUGCCCCAGCGCUCGCCCGCAGAGCUUUGCGCAGCGUGGGGUGCAGGUGCAGUGCCGCCGCCGCCGCUGCCGGACCUCGACGCGCUGAGGGCCACAUACGCCGAGCGGGACGCCCGCGUGCCUGAGGUUGUACGGGUGGGCAUCAGCCCGCUGGUCCCCGACGGCGAGACGUGCAGCGUCGCGCCCCCGCUGACCGGGGCGCAGGGGCAGCAGGCCGAGCCGGCGGCGGGCGGCGACGGCGCCGCGUCGAGCUCCGGCUCGGCGGGCGGGGAGGGGCUGGAGCUGGACGAGAGGCUCAACCUGCUCCGGCUCGGGCCUCCGCUGCUGCGGCCGCCCCCGCCGAUGCUCGACUCGCGCGAGGACGAGGCGCUCUGGCUGUACCCGCAGCCCGAGGGCUCCUUCUCUCUGCUGUGGGACCACUCGAUGUGCGCCGACAACCUCAAGGGCGCAGAGGUGCGUGAGCUGAUGGGCAAGGCGUUCCGGGGGCCGCUCGUUCCGGUGCAGCAGCAGCAGGUGCUCGCCGAGCUGGAGGGCGACGCCAAGCUCGUGUACCACUGCGGGCUCACGCCCAAGCGGCUGCCCGACCUCGUCGAGAACAACCCCGUCAUCGCCAUCGAGGUGCUGCUCAAGCUCAUGUCCUCGUCGCAGCUCACAGACUACUUCUCGGUGCUGGUCAACAUGGACAUCUCGCUCCACUCGAUGGAGGUCGUGAACCGGCUGACCACCGCCGUCGACCUGCCCACCGAGUUCGUACACCUCUACAUCUCCAACUGCAUCUCGUCCUGCGAGUCCAUCAAGGACCGGUACAUGCAGAACCGGCUGGUACGGCUGGUCUGCGUCUUCUUGCAGUCUCUCAUCAGGAACAAGAUCAUCAACGUUCAGGACCUCUUCAUCGAGGUGCAGGCGUUCUGCAUCGAGUUCUCGCACAUACGCGAAGCCGCCGGCCUCUUCCGCCUCCUCAAGACGCUCGAGUGAGUCGCGCUCG